ACAUGAUAAGAGACAAGAAGCAAAGAAAAAUUUGUGUUCCUCAGACAACUGAAACUGAGAUUAAAUUGCUUACAAAACUCCAUCUAUUGGAGGUGUGUUAAGAAACGAGGAGCAGGAAAUCAGACAUGGGAGACAUCGAUCCAGCUUUCAUACAAUCCACAGAACACCGUCCAACAGCCAAGGUGGUGGAAGCUGGUGAAAUUCCAAUCAUCGACCUCUCAGAAAGCAGAGAAGAACUCAUCUCAAAGAUUGGCAAGGCAUGUGAAGAGUGGGGUUUCUUUCAAGUAAUAAAUCAUGGGGUUCCCUCCGAAGUUAGCAGAAAGAUUGAGGUUGUGGCCAAGGAGUUCUUUGAGCAAAGCACAGAGGAGAAGAGGAAAGUGAAGCGAGAUGAAGUUAAUGCAAUGGGGUACCAUGACGGGGAAAAUACCAAGAACGUAAGGGACUGGAAAGAGGUAUUUGAUUUUCUUGUUGAAAACACAACACAAGUCCCAUCUUCUCAUGAACCCCAUGAUGUGGAGCUGAGAACUCUCUCCAACCAGUGGCCCCAAUAUCCUCCUGAUUUUAGGAAAACAUUGGAGGAGUAUACUCGAGAAGUGGAAAAGCUAGCUUACAACUUGUUGGAGCUGAUUUCAUUGAGCUUGGGUUUGGUUGCUGACAAGUUCCAUGGCUGCUUCAAGAACCAACUCAGCUUGGUGCGGCUCAAUCACUAUCCCCCAUGUCCAUUCCCUGAUCUGGCUCUUGGUGUUGGUCACCACAAGGAUUCCUGUGCUUUAACUGUGCUUGCCCAAGAUGAUGUUGGAGGCUUACAAGUUAAGAGAAAAUCAGAUGGUGAAUGGAUUCCAGUUAAACCCACACCACAUGCAUUUAUCAUCAAUGUGGGGGAUGUAGUUCAGGUUUGGAGCAAUGACAAGUAUGAGAGUGUGGAGCACAGGGUGGUUGUGAACACUGAGAAGGAAAGGUUUUCCAUUCCAUUCUUCUUCUUCCCAGCUCACCAUGUUAUGGUGAAGCCUGUGGAGGAGCUGGUGAAUGAGCAAAAUCCUGCAAGGUAUAGAGAAUACAACUUUGGUAAGUUCUAUGCUAACAGAAACCGUAGUGAUUUCAAGAAACGUGAUGUGGAGAAUAUCCAAAUUCAUCACUUCAGGAUCCAUGUUUGAGCAUAAGAAGUUGUGCUGGUUCCUUCAUUUCAAAUACAAAUAAAUUUGUGUUGGUUCCUUUCUGUUAAUACAUAAAAUAUCGAACUCUAGUUCUAGUUUCUUUUCACACCCUAAUUCUCCUAUAGCGGAAUAGAAUCAUAAACAGAACACUGAUCAAGAUGUGUAACGUAAAGGCAGGAUUUGAAAUUCUGAAACAUUGAGCCAUGGAUGCCCUGUUAUUAGUAUAUUGUUGUGCAAAUUAUCCUUAAUAUAGUUUAUGUGCUUUAAUAAGCA